AUGUGGGAUUUUGUUAAGGUAGAAAAGAAAGUAAAUAAUUUUUUCCCCACCAAUGCAACAUCUCAAAAAGAGUUAAGUUAUUACGGCACUAAGAUUAUUAAACCGCUGAAAAUAUUUACUCCGCAGUAUGUUAAGAAAUUGAGUUCGGCGGGAGGAAGCCGAGAUAGUCAUUAUUACCAAAUUCCUUAUUUAGACCCUAUUACUCAGCAAAUAGGGAGUUUUUUGAUUGAUGCCGGAACUAUUUAUUUACUAAAAUAUAAUAUUAUGACUGAAUUACAACAAAUAAGCAAUCACAAAUUCCUUCAAGAAUUACAAAAACGGGUUCAAGAAAACCAAAUAACCGCAGAACAGUUGGCACAAAUACUUAAAGAAAAGGUUAACCAAGUAGCCAAAAGCCAAGAGGAGCAGCAAAAACAGGCCGCCAAAGAUUAUGAGGAAUGA